AUGACCGAGAAAAGCGCGCAUACGGCCACGAGCCCCGACCAACCAUCGAGUAAUGGUACGACAGAGCAAUUAAAACUCAAUAUGUCUGAAGGAGAAAGAAUGAGGCGGGAUUCCAGCGCAAGAGACAGCGUGCAAACCUCCCCAGUGUCCAAGCCUGAGAACGGCGCUGCGGCUUCCUCCAGUCCGAAGAAGCGUCGCAAAGUUAACCACGGUAAGCAAACCGCUUUGCCAAUGCUUUAUUACAAGGAUGAUGGCAGCGGCUCCUCGCAUUUGCUCCAUUACAGCUGUCCGGACCUCGUUGCUAACGAAGUUGCUCAUGCCUGCAGCGUGCGUCUACUGUCGACGAUCGCAUAUGACUUGCGACUUGGUACGACCUUUCUGAACUCUACCCCUACAGCUCAUGCGUGUGAAACGUAUCGCAAACCGGCUUUCAGAAGAUUAGUUGCUGACUUGUUUUGGUUUGGGGAACUAAAGGAGCGACCCUGCACCCGAUGUAUAAAACGCAAUAUCGGCCACCUGUGUCAUGAUGAGCCAAGGGAACCUACGAAGCGGUCUCGGAGUGACCAAGAACCUUCAUUAGCGGACGACGACGGCUCUUCAAACAAUGAAUAUCCGACCGUUAUGCACCCAAUGCCUCGAAGCGUCGAUAUUCAAGAUGCUGCUGGCCAGCAAAUGUCCACCCAUGGACUUUCAUCCUCGUCUGUGAAUCCAGUGCAGCAUGGUAACAUCCCGGAUUCUUCAAGACAAGGACUUGGGAACCCCCAGCAGAUCCUUGGUUACAAUGACUGGGUUCCAGGGCAAAGCCAAUUCCAAGACAUGCACACGUUCCAUCCUUCGUACAUGUUCAAUGCACACGAAGUAACGAAUGAAUACAACCUUCUUGGGGACUUCCUGAGCAAUAGUCUAUUGGAUGAUGGAGCCAUGUUCCAAAACGAUGAUCUACACGGGAUAUAUUCUGACCCAACGUUGAUCAACUCCAUGGCUACGCUCGGCGGUGGCUCCAAUGCAACCCUCCUUCGACAAGCCCAGCCUGCUCAGCCGGCCCCCAGCCAGCAAACCCAGGGAGAACCCAUCCAGCAAGGCCCCAGUGCCGUAGUGGGCAAUGACAAAGCCAGGGAGACGUAUUAUAUGACUGCUGCCGAUCCUUCGGGCUCUGAUCCUCCUGAAGAGCGAAUGAACAAACUCCUCAAAGCCAAGUACGAUGCAGGUCUUCUGCGACCUUUCAACUAUGUGAAGGGUUAUGCGAGGCUGAAUCAGUACAUGGAAAAGCAUCUGCAACAACCCUCACGCCAGAAGAUUCUUCGGCAACUAGACAAAUUCCGGCCCAAGUUUCGAGAGAGGAUGCAGAGUCUUACUGAUAUCGAACUGAUUCUGGUGGAAAUGUGGUUCGAACGAAGCUUAAUGGAAUAUGAUCGUGUUUUCGCCAGUAUGGCUAUCCCUGCCUGUUGCUGGAGACGAACGGGCGAAAUCUUCCGAGGAAACAAGGAAAUGGCGGAAUUGAUCGGUGUUCCGAUUGAGAACCUGAGAGACGGCAAGCUGGCUAUUCAUGAAAUAAUCGUGGAGGAUCAGCUUGUCAGCUACUGGGAAAAGUUUGGAGCGAUUGCAUUCGACAAUACCCAGAAAGCUAUGCUUACUAGCUGCACCUUGAAAAAUCCCGACUCCAACUCUCCUGGUGAUGGCAUUCCAUGCUGUUUCUCAUUUACAAUACGAAGAGAUAACCACAAUAUCCCGUCACUCAUUAUCGGGAAUUUCUUGCCAUCUCGACGAAAGAAAUUUGCUAGAGAAGCUCAGACUAGGCUUUCUGAAAAAUAUGACUUCAAUGAGGCUCUCGACCACGAUGCCCUCCGUAACCUCGACAAUUUCAUCGACGAUAUCCAUUCGCCUGGUGGAGCGGUCCCGCAUGCCCUUCGUCAUCAAAUGGACCACGAAGGUGUUGAACUGUGGAACAUAUGUGUGCAUCAAAAGUUACAUCUUGAAGACAAUAGUAGGGACAUGAUGCUGGUUUGCAAGAUGAAAUGCUUCGCUUACUUGAUGAUCGAAAGUGUGGCUUCUAGACAGGGUGCAGAAACAGGGCAAUUCGAUUUGAGCCAGAGAAUAAUUGAGACCAUAGCCGUGAGGCUAGAUGACCUUGAGAAAUCGAUUACCCAACACGAAUAUCCCCAGCUACAAUCCGUCACUGUUGAGUAUUACAUGCUUCGUACAUACCUGUCUUGGUGCCGAGGGAGGCCCGAUAUAGCAGAUCAUCUGUUCUCAAAGAUACCGGCAGCACACAUUGACAAGAACCAAAGAUGUGUGCUAGACGUAUGCUAUAAAGUUGGCAACCUAGCGCUCUUAUCCCAUGAAUAUCAUGCGGCUGUAAUGUGGCUAGGAAGGGCUUUGAAGGCAUAUGAGCAGUUGAGUAAUGGUUCACAAGAGCCCGACACAAUCUUGGAGGAAAAGAACCUGCUUGUCACACAUGCUUUUGUGCGAGCUUGCCUCUAUCACGACAACCUGGAAUCCAUGGAGCCUUUCAAUAAAGCCCUCGAAUCAUUACGAAGCAGACACGGCGAUACGUUUGCUGUUCAUACCCUACAAUUAGAGGCGCUCAGCGCCGAAGAAAGCCUCGAUAGCCAAAGUUACUUGCAGAAAUGCUAUGUUCAGGCACUAAAGCAGCUUCUUAACGAGAUGCUUGUUUCUCCCGCAGAAAGGAACUUGAUUGAACCUAUAUUUAUUCGGCUGAUCUGGACGUUGACGGAUGCGAGUGUCGAGGUCCAACAUAACCUUGAUAUUUUCCAGGAUGCGUCGAAAAGGCUCACCGAAACUCUGGGCUCUUUGAGUGAGGAUGCGACACAUGCGGCUUUGAUUGUAAUGUUAAAAUUGAUCAUCUGUGCUUUGAGUAAUUCGGUCACCUCCACAUUGCAUAGCAUCUUCAACAAAAUGCCAACCCAAUGCCAGCAAUCUCCAUCCACCUUACAUCUCAUGUACAAGUUUGCUCUUUCACGAGGGAACAUCUCUGAAGCAUCCGUGUACCUCAAUUCCCUCUGUGAACAGGGAGAUCAGGCAGACGUCUAUCUUUUUCCGUGCAUAGGCGAGGCGAUACAAAUCAGUCAAAGUCUACACGCAGUCAAGAUAUUCGAGCGAAUACUCGCAAGCCUAGACUCUAGCUGCUUCAAGGCAUUGAGCCUCAAGGAUCUGUUCCACUGCUUCAUACCGGUACUCCGUCUUUUGACCAAUAUUGAGGCAUGUGACCAGGAUGAAGAAAAUCACAUAUUCCAGCAGACCGUGUCCAUUUUUGAGGCCGCUCUCAAAGAAGCCCAAAGACAAGACAAAGCCCAGUUCUCAUCCAUCCAACUAAAGUGGCUCUCUCACAAGAGUUACAAUACCGCAUUGCGAUUCCACGAACAUUCCCAACCGAAGUCAGCAUUGCAGCUACUAGGUAUAUCUAUCAAGCUCGCCGAAAUACACCAACAAACCCUACCACCAGAAGGCCAGCUCAAUGCACGCCAACACGUUCUUCUCUGCAACUUCCUCCUCGCACUUAUAACAGCAUCCAAAGCCCGCAAAGCAAAGACUAACCCCCAAAAGAAAAAACACUACCAAGACCUUCACAAUCUCGCAACCCACUUCCACGCCUCCAUAAACGACCACAACCCACCCACCAACCAAGAAUGGCCCCUCAAGUACCGCACCAUCCUAUCACUAGACUUCGAAGCCAGCAUCUUUCUCCAAAGAUGGGAUGACGCCACCACUGUGAUCGAAAAAGCAGGCCCGAUAACCGAUGCACAACUCCCAUCCAUCUUCAUGGAUUGCGUACUUCGCUCUGAUGCCCCGGUGAAAGAGAUGGCGAGGUUAGUCAAGAUAGUAAUCCGCACCCUCCACACCUCCCCCUCCCCACAUCUCAACCCCCAGGACUUCCAAACAGCACUUCCGCGCUACCUCCGAGUCCUGUUCCAGCUCUCCCUUGACGCGAAAGACGACUCGCUCGCUGAAUCCGUCCUCGACCAGAUCCUUGUUCUUGUCCGGGAAGCGCACGAGUCUUCUCCACCUCCUUCUGGAUAUCGAUACACCUAUCCCAAUGAAGAGAUUCAAUGGAUGUCAACCGUCGGGUUUAAUCGUGCUGUGGACUUUUACCGCACGUCUAGAGACCAGGAGUUUCGGCGAUGGGCGGAGAAGGCGAUUGGGUUGGCGGAGUUCAUAGAUGGGGUUCAUGCGGGUGAGUUGGGAAAGUUGCUACGGCGUAACUUUGCGAGGUUAAUUUGA